AUGGACGGCGACGAAGACGCGCUGCAAGGGGAGUUCCCCAGCGAUUUCCAAUUCACGCACGCGGAAGACGGCACCGGGAAUCCGAUCAAAAAGCGCGAAACCCUCGCGCGCGAUGACCCCAAUCUGACGGACUGGGUCUUUGAGCACGAAGAGUCGCAUCAUCUAGUGUACUGCCGUAAGGGCCGGGAAGACAAAUGCCAGCGGAUCUUCCAAGGCGGCGCCUAUGAUACAAUCAUUGGGCUACCAGCUCAUAUUGGAACCGGUCCGUACGCACGAAUUGUCUCCAUGGAGCCAGUGAAUCCGUCGAGUCUCUCAGACUUCCACAAGAGAAAGCGGUCCCUGAACGGUCACGACUCAAGCGUGUACAACUUGACCAUCGAUUACCGGUUUGAGCUCAUCAAGCGUGCUGACUCUACGGUCAACCUGCGCAUCGACUAUACGAACCUCGUUCCGUACUGGGAUGAGAUGACCGGGGAUGAGUCGGAGGCCGGCUUGAAGAGCAAACGAGAGCUCCGCCGGGAGAAGCGCUGGUGGGGGACCUACUCCGAGUGGCUGAAGAAGCUGACCACCGUACGCACGUCAGACGAAGGCAAGUUGCCGCUGUCCAUUCACAAGAAGAUGCUCCUCUAUAGCCGACGGGCGCAAUGCGCACGGAAGGGCAUGACGCCCAAGGCCGGGCUCGACGUGACGCUGGAUGCCAAGUUUGGUAUGAACGCCCGGUGGUCAUACUAUGCACAAGGCACGAUUGUUCCCCUGAAUAUCGACACAGUCUACACCUAUUUCGAGCUGCAUCCCGAGGUACAAGCUAUACUAGAGAUCGACGGCAGCGCCGAUAUGAUAUACCGCAGCCCUCGAAUCAGGAUCAUCGACACUCUCUCCUACCCCGGAUUGGCCAUCAAGGGCAUCGCAGCGGUGGGGCCAACGCUUGAUCUGUACGGACAGAUGGAGGCUGGCGCCACGAUCGCUGGGAAACUCAAAGCGGGAGCCAGAAUGGCCUUCCCCAAGUACGAAAUGUACUUCCCGCAGAUAGAUGAGGCCGACGAUUAUCAGAAAUUCCCCACGCCCGACGACAAGGACACGAAACGGGUGUCUGGUACCGACAUGACGCCCAUUCUGGACGCCAGUGUCGAGGCGAGCGUUCAUAUCGACUCAUGGUCACUCCAGAGGUGA